UACGGGACUUCGUAAUGGCUGCGCCCAUGGUGGAAAUCUUAAUGAAAAAGAAAGAACAUUAAAUUGACAACAUAUAAAACAAUCGUAAAAUGUCAUCUGGUCGCGUCACCAAAGGGUCAGUCACUUCACCAAGCAGACUAGAUAUGCAGGCUGUGGACAGGCCUUGGACAGAUGAUCUGCCAGUAUGUCACCACUCGGGAGUUGGUUUCUCAACAAAUCAGAUUUAUCGGGAAGAUGGAAACCGUAGGGAAGAACAUGAAUUUGAAGACAGGAAUUUCCAUUUUCGUCAAGAUGAUGUGUACCUGUAUGGAGUUUUUGAUGGUCAUGACUCUGCCAACGCAUCGCAGUUUGCUGCCCAGAGACUGCCAGCAGAACUCCUGCUGGGCCAGCUGUCGGGGAAGACAACGGAUGUAGAGGUCAAGGAAGUGUUGUACCAGGCUUUUAUGGCAGUGGAAAAUAGCUUUUUUGAGUCUAUUGAUGAACAGCUUGCAGCCAGAACCACUUUGCAGUUGCAGCUUCCCGAGGGCCUGGCGUACCAUGAAGCGUGCCAUACAUAUCCAGAAAUCUUCAACAAACUGCGAGCCUUGGAGCACGAGGUGUCUGGAGGCACAACAGCCACUGUGGUCCUCAUAUACAACAACAAAAUAUACGUGGCUAAUGUUGGUGACACUCGAGUCCUGCUGGUGCGUACUGACGUGGACGGCAUUAUCAGUGUGAGUCAGCUCACGGUAGAUCACACCAUAGAGUCGGACGCAGAGCAGCAGAGACUGCGAACCCUCGGCCUGGACGUGGAGAAACUGUUCCAGCAGAGGAAGAUAGGCACAUCCGACUGCACCAGAUGCAUUGGCGACUUUCAUACCAAAGGGGGCUACAAAGAUAUAGACAUUUUAAGUAAGGCCGUACGAGAGCCAGUGAUAGCUGAGCCCUAUGUGAUGGGAGGUAUCUCUGUAGACAGCACAUGCAGCUUCCUCAUCAUCAUGUCAGACGGUCUGUAUCAUGCCCUCCAGGACUCCACGGAGACUGCAACCAUCAACAAGGAGGUGGCCCAACUGGUGGCUGCGGAGUUCAACAACCAGUCCACGCUGAAUGGAGUGGCGCAGGCCUGUGUGGAUAGGGUGGUCAGAAUCCACCAUGACGCUUUCAUGGUGGGGGUUGGGGACGUGAAGAACAGGUGUCACAAACGAGGGGAUAUAACAUUGCUUGUGAGGAAUUUUAAUUGUAAGCUUGCCAACCCAAGUGGAACUCCAACAGGGGCCAAUCGCUUCCUGCCAGUCUCAGUGCCUUAUAGUUCAAAUCGGCCAGCCGUUCCCCCAUCUAUUUCCAUAGCCUCUCCAGUUAGUUUUGGCAAUGAAUCUAUGUCUCAAGACGAGGCGACAACCCCGGUUGCGCAGGCUUACAGCCCACCGCGCAGUCUGCCAGGAGCCAGUCCCACUUUGAAUCUCCUGAACGCAAACACUGAGAACAAUGACUCCCUGGCCAGCACCAGCACAUACAGCACAAACUCCACACAGAGUAGCGAGGAAACACGCUUCAGAAGUCGAUUCAACAGAGGAGAAAAACUAGUUUUGGAUGAAAAUGGGCGGGUUGAGGCUUAUGUGGAUUUUUCAGACUUUUAUCGUGCAAUUGAAGCCAUGACUGAUUCUCAGAGAGAGACGUUGAAUAAUGAGACAAAACCCAAGUCUCUUUACGAGGCAAUUCCUGAGGAGACUGCUGGAGCAGCCGCAGCAACCAGUCCAAUUGUUGAACAAUCUCCACCCAGUGCAGCUGCAGAGCCUUAGUGUCAUAGACAGAAUUAUCAUGAACUAGGACGACACAGACUUCAUAAAAGGAUGCAUGUCACUUAUCUGUAUGAAGUGCUACUGCUUUUAGCUAAAGACUUUGUUGAAAACAUAAUAUAAUUAUUUUAAAGAAA